UCUGACCUUGCUCAGGGAGACUUCCACCAAAGUCUUGUGGAUCUCACUUCUGCUCUGCAGAAAAUCUGGGUUGAUUACUUUCUCCGUGCGCUGGAGCAACUCUUUGUACAGUUUCCAUUGCUGUGUACAUUUGUCUUGAGCCACUGGCCAUGGGCACUUCUGGUCCUUCUGGUCCUUCUGGUGUUUCUUGGGCUUCCUCUACUUGCCGGCAUGUGGGCGCCCAUGAAGACCGGGUGCACCAUGAUUCAGGCCAUGGAGACAAGUUUCACAAAAUUGACCCACAUGUCUGUCCAUGUCGUCUUGCCAGUCGCGCUUUUCUAUGGUGACUUGGUCAGUGAUGCCUUGGUCAUGAGCAAAUUCUGGCAAGCUCAGCACUAUCAAUAUUUCACGCUUAAUGCCUUGGCUAUUCUGGCUGGACUGGUGACCACAAGUGUGAUAGGAUCUGCAGGUAUGGGCAGUGCAAGCGAGGCAUUGCAGCCCAUAAGGGGCUGCACGGCCGUGCUAACAUUUCUGCAUGUCAUACCAUUGUAUUGCUUCUUCUUCACAUUUUGGCAAUUCGCAGAUGCAAAAUUUGCCACAUACAAGUCUGAUGCCUUUGACCGCCGGCUGAGAGAUAAAGGUCUCACCGCAUUGAUGGCUUCCUCAAUCAUUGGUGAGACAUUUGGGGAAGCAAUGCUGAGUUCGUUUGUGCAGCUGUACGCGGCACUUCGUCACGGACCACUGCAGUGGCCAUCCCUCUUGGCAUGUUCUGCUGCUCGGCCAAAAGCGUCAUUUGAUGGAGGAGGUCAGUUAGUUCUGCUGAGUCUGAUCUCACUUGGUGAGUCCUUCUCCAAGAUCGAUAAGUUCGGUCAUGUAAGUCGUUAUCGACAGGGGCAGGCCGUUGUGGUCGGCUUAGCCAAGCCGCAGUCCGUGGCGUAUGCCGCCCUGUUGCUCUACAGAUGGUUGGCGGUCUGCAGCCGAUUGCUACUUUUCCCGCUGUUUCAGCUGGCAUUGCAUGAGGACUGGCUAUUUCUGCUCCUUGUUUUUGAACUUCAGCUUUGGCAUGUUGCUUACGGGGGCUCCCUUCUAUGGAUCGCUGAUUGCAUUCUCCAAGCAGGUCUGGUGGUUUACUGCACCGAGAAUCGCUGGAAACUCUUCUUUGCGAUUCCCAAUACGCUCAGCUCGUUCGAGCCACUGCUUUUGAGCGGGGAAGGUGCUUUGCUUUCUGUUAAUGUGGAGUUGCAUGCAGUUCUACAUUGCGCCGAGUCGGUGGCUGCGAUCUGGAUGGCCAACGCAUUUGGGAGUGGAGUCCCGGGAUUGUGGGAAGAACACGGCUUUGCCCUCCGACUGUUCCUUGCCUCUAGCGUGAUUCAAUGGCCUUUACUCCUGAUCCUGCGCUGCUUCUGUUCCCACCAACUUCCAAGCCAUGAUUUCGUGGCUGUGAGGGAUGAUUGCCUUUCUGAAGAAGCACAAAGCAUUUGCGACUCUUGUGACGCAAAGAUCCCGUUGUAUGUGGCGGCAAUUGUUCCCUUCACGAUGAAAAGUGGCUGUGAUGUGGCAAAGUUGCUUGAUCUCAUGAUGAAGGGCCAGGCAUCGGCACAGGUGGCAGCCCAAACCUGUGACCUCAUCAAGCGCCAUGUCCUUCCAAAGAAGAGCUCCGAACUCCCUGCAAAUGUGACGGCCGCCAGCUGUAUGCAAGCUGUCUUGUGCGCCAUGGAUGCACACUUGUCCAGCCCGGAAGUGCAGGAACAAGCCGUGUGGUGCUUGAAGAACUUGGCGUUGAACCGACCGGAAAACGAAGAGACAUUGAUGACGCUGGGAGGCGCUGAGGCUAUUUUGAGGGCCAUGACGGAGAACUGCAGCAAUGAAGCGGUGCAAAAGGAAGGCUGCGUGGCGCUGGCUAAAUUGACCACGGAACACCAGAACGUCUUGGAGUUUCUGAGUCUUGGAGCAGGUGAGGCCGUUUUGAAGGCUCUGCGAAACUACACAACCAGCACUGGUGUGCAAUGGUGGGCUUUUCAAGCCUUGGGAAAUUUAGCCGAGAGCAGUGAGGGAAGAGCAAAGUUGCGUAAUCUCCUGGCUGCUGGCGUCAUCAACGCUGCAAUGAGCAGCUGCAACUCUGAGAUCCAAGAGAAAGGCCAACUGCUUCUUGAAAAGUUGGGGCAGGUUGGCCACACAGGACCAUGA